AUGGAGCGAGCGUUGCAAGCGCAGUUGGUACCCGAGGAGCAGUGUGUUGAAUUUGCUACCUACCUGCUUACAGGGGAGGCAUCGCAUUGGUGGCAAGGGGCUCGACGUCUCUUACAACAGGGGAAUUAUCCUAUCACUUGGGAUGCCUUCCAGGUGGAAUUCUAUAAGAAGUACUUCCCAAAUUCCGCCAGGACAUCCAAGGAAUUGGGGUUACUACGGUUGAAGCAAGGUGUUAUGUCCGUAUCUGAGUAUACAGACAAAUUUGAGGAGUUAUUCAGGAAGGCUGUUGAGGCAAAGAAUGACCGUCGGGAGUCCCACCGCAGGGAGCACAAUCAAGAAUACCCAACAAGGGGUCAAGAGUUUAAGAGAAGAGGAUACCCACAACGUUUUCCUCAAAGGCGAAAUGACCUUGCGACGAGUGAGGAGUCCCAAAGGGAUGGUAAGGGAAAACGAGCAGCGGCUGCUUCUAAUGUUCUGAGCUGUCAGAGAUGUGGAAGUCAUCACCCAAAUAGGCCAUGCCUAUUGGGGUUAGGCUUGGUUGAUUUCUGGAUUUUUGGUGAAACGGAUUGA